AUGGGAACAAGUCACCCAAGCCAAACAAAAAGAAGCUCCAGAAAGAACCAGCCACUCGAGCCAAACAAAAAGAAGCUCCAGAAAGAACCAGCCACUCGAGCCAAACAAAAAGAAGCUCCAGAAAGAACCAGCCACUCGAGCCAAACAAAAAGAAGCUCCAGAAAGAACCAGCCACUCGAGCCAAACAAAAAGAAGCUCCAGAAAGAACCAGCCACUCGAGCCAAACAAAAAGAAGCUCCAGAAAGAACCAGCCACUCGAGCCAAACAAAAAGAAGCUCCAGAAAGAACCAGCCACUAGAGCCAAACAAAAAGAAGCUCCAGAAAGAACCAGCCACUCGAGCCAAACAAAAAGAAGCUCCAGAAAGAACCAGCCACUCGAGCCAAACAAAAAGAAGCUCCAGAAAGAACCAGCCACUCAAGCCAAAGACAAAAUACAAUGACGCUAACGGAGAACGUCUUUAG